AAGACAAACUUGUUUUACCAAAAUGUAGCCAUGAAAUGUGCUGCAGUUGCUAUGAUGACUGGCGAAGAAGAUCAAUGUCUUGCCCGUUUUGUCGAGUAAGCCUAAAAAGAAUAGACUCGGGUGAGCUGUGGGUGUAUGUGGACAAGAAAGAGGCAAUCGACAUGGCCACAUUAACAAGGGAAAAUCUUAAAAGGUUCUUCGUAUACAUUGACAAGCUCCAACUCGUUCAGCCUGACUCAGUCUCUGACUCUUAUGAUUCUCAUGUGAAGUAGACAAACGGAAAAAAGACACAUGGUUUAUUUCUACAAUUUGUAUAAAAGUAGGUUUAUGACAACCACCAAAUCCUUUGUUUUUUGGGGAUUUUGGAAUGUCUUGUAUGUCGUUCAUAAAGGUAUUAAUCAACUUGUGAUCUGAUUUCGGGUUUCGUGGAUUUACCAUCAAAAUGGGUCUUUGUUUGAGGAGAAGCAGUCAAUGGGGAAGACAGUGGCCAUUCACAGAAAAGGGG